AUGCUUAUUGCAGCUGAAAAAAGUCGGCAGCUGACAGGAUCAUUAGACUCAUCAACUGGAGGGAUGACAAGAAAAGAAAGAUUCACUUUCUUGGAUUGCUUUGACAUGAGGUAUGGAACUCUAGCAUGCCUCCUAAAGGAAGUGAUCAAGUUCACUUUGUACUACAUCAGAGCUGUUCAUGUACACAAGGUAAAAACAUCUGCAACCCAGAAAUCAUUGACAGACAACUUAUCCAAAGGGAAGACCUUGGAGGAAGCCAUUAACUCAGCACGCCAAGCAGGGAACGCCAGCGCGAGGCGUGCAUCCUUGGAAGUGAAACACAUAAUCGUCCCCUUAAUGACAUCGGUAUGGGACUUGAUUGAGACGCUGUAUGUUGGUGGUACCCCUGCUGAAGGGACGGUGAGAUGUAUUAGCGGAUUCAUCGGUGCAUAUGGUGGAGGAUUGAUUGGUGAAGGGGAUGCGGGGUGGUUGGGUUUCCUCCUGGGAAGUCAAAUGGGAGGAUGGGUUGGAGGGAGGAUUGGACUAAUGGCCUAUGAUACCUGGAAUGGAGUGCUUCAUUUGAUUCAAGUCCUCAAUUCUUUACCAAUUGCCAAGUGA